AUGGCUACCAACGGAAUAAGCAAAUCUUUAAAGCUCCAAUUUGGGCUCAUCAACUACGACAACCGCUACCUCACAGCUGAGACUUUUGGCUUCAAGGUAAAUGCAUCUGGUACAAGUAUGAAGAAAAAACAACUCUGGAGUCUAGAGCAGGAUGACCAGGAUGGCCAGGUGGUGUUCAUUCGCAGUCACCUUGGUCGUUAUCUGUCUACAGGUAAAGAUGGCAAAGUGAAUUGUGAAACUGAAGUUCCAAACUCAGACUGUCGCUUUCUGAUUGUAGCUCAGUCUGAUGGCCGCUGGGCCUUGCAAUCCGAGCCUUAUCAGAGAUACUUUGGAGGCACUGAAGAUUUCCUGACCUGCUUUAACCAGACCAUAGGAGAACCUGAAUUGUGGGCCGUCCACUUGGCCCUCCACCCACAGGUUACGCUUUUGAGUGUAGCCCGCAAACGCUAUGCACACUUGUCUGAUUCAAAGAGUGAAAUUUCUUUUGACAGUGAUAUCCCAUGGGGUGUGGAUGCUCUGAUUACCCUGGUCUUCAAGGAUGGAAAGUACAGUAUGAAAACCUGUGACAACCGCUUUCUCAGUAGCAAUGGAAAGCUGGUAAAUGAUUAUGGUCCUGAAACAGCUUUCACAUUGGAUCUCAGGUCUGAUAAGGUGGCUUUCAAAGAUAACAACGGAAAGUACCUAACUCCAUCGGGUCCUGCAGGCACCUUGAAGUCUGGGAAAUGUACAAAGCCAGGUAAAGAUGAGCUUUUUGAUCUGGAGGAGUGUCAUCCACAAAUGGUUUUCCAAGCAGCCAACAAAAGAUACCUAUCUUGCCGUCAAGGUGUCAGCAUCUCAGCCAAUCAAGAUGAGGAAUCAGAUCAGGAGACAUUUCAGAUGGAAAUUGAUCAGAAAACUAAGAAAUGCACGUUCAGAACUAAUUCAGGGAAUUACUGGACACUUGUCGUUCAUGCAGGCAUCCAUACUACAGCCACAGAAAUUGAGCCCAACACAAUGUUCGACAUUGAAUGGCUUGGGGGAAGAGUGGCUCUAAAAGCAAAUAAUGGAAAAUAUGUCUGCAACAGGAAAAAUGGACAGCUUGCUGCAGUCAGUGAUACAGUGGGUGAUGAUGAGCAGUUCUUGUUGAAGCUGAUCAACCGUCCAAUCCUAAUCUUGCGAGGGGUGAAUGGCUUUGUUUGCCACCACAAGAGCUCCAAUACACUGAACGUCAACCGCUCUAUUAAUGACAUCUUCUCAUUGCUCUACAAUGAUGGUGCAUAUCACAUAAAAUGUGGAAGUGGAAAAUUCUGGUAUGUCACUAGCAGUGACUUGGUGUGUGCAGAUGGUGAAGAGCCAGAGAACUUCUUUCUAGAGUUUGUCGAGCAUGGACAAAUGGCCAUCAAGAGCAAAAACAGCAAAUAUCUGCGUGCUGACCAAGGAGGCACUCUCAAGUGUGAUGUCACUACUAUGGACAGCUGCUGUCUUUGGGAGUACUGA